AGUUGUAAAUGAGGCAUGAGAAUUACGAUACGUGCUCUAGGAUGGGAGAAAGGUCCUUGUUUUGAAAUAAUACUGACGGGGUGGAGUUAAAAAAUGGAUGAGGGGCUGUGACAGUAGUGAGGGAAGAGAGUCCAACAAAAGAGUUGGAAUAUGAAGUAUCUUCCUCUAACCUGUGUGGUCCUGGCUGUAACCUUUGCUCUUCUGGGAGGUCCUGGAGCUCAUGGAGGUGAGAUACUGGUCUUCCCUGUGGAUGGUAGCCACUGGAUCAACAUGGAAUUGCUGAUUAAAGUGCUUCACGCCAGGGGUCAUAAGGUCACAGUGGUCCACACAUCCACUAGUGUGUACAUCAAGGAGGAUUCACCACAAUAUAGUUCCAUCACCAUCACCAUGCCAGAACCAAUGAGCAUUGAGAAGGAAGAUUACUUUGUGACCUUCCUGGUUAGGAGGAUGUUAGAGAUCCAGAAGAAAGGAGCAUCAGUGAUGGCGCUCUUAUCUUUCUACUCUGAGAUGUUGACUGAAUUGUCAAAGGUGCACGAGGAAGCUAGCCAGUUGGUGGUGCAGAUGUUUGAAAACAAAAAUCUGAUUCAGAGUCUUCGGGAUACCAAGUAUGAUAUGGUUCUCUUGGACCCUGCUAUACCUGUCGGGGUACUAGUAGCCCAUGAGCUCAAGCUGCCCACUGUCUUUAAUGUGAGGUGGAUCACUAGUGGGGAGGGACAUUUUGUGGUGGCCCCCUCACCAGUAUCCUACGUGCCCACUGUAAUGGUUCAAUUGCUUGCUCUAACUUAUGGAUCUGGAAUGGGACUUCAGUGACCACCGUAAACUCCACAAACUUCAGUAUCACAAAUGUAUUACAUAUAUCUAAAGAAACAGCAGAUCGUAGGUUUUAGUGCCCUAAUACAGCGUAUGCUCUAUAAGCCAAUUCACACACACACCACGGUAAAAUAAGCACUGCAAAAACACCCGUCAACGUGUUAACACGACACACUAGGUUAACACACGCACUCCAAACGGCAGUGAGGUUACACGGCAAGUCAAGGUCUAAGUGUGGAUAACUACAGAUACAACACUGAUAAAGACACUGACCAUACAUCUACGAUUAAAACAAAAAGUAAUACAAAAGUCACGGGGACCAUAUUCAGUACCAUAUUAAACCAACUAGCUGCAGGUGUGCAGCAGGGAAGCACCCAGCUGGUCGCAAUUAACCGGGGGAUUGGUAGGGUUUUUAAACUCAGAUCACCGUCAAUCAAGGAGUGUUGGGGACUGGAAGGAGAACUGAAACUGGAGGCGGAGAGAGGACUGGAAGCGGAGAGAAGGACUGGAAGCAGA